GUUUUUCCUUUUGUCUUCUGAAUGUCCAUAUAUAUAUUUAUAUAUAUAUUUUAAAAACCUGAAUCACUUCUAUGCUUAAAUUAACUGCAGGAGAAUGUCUCAGGAACCUACGACAUACUCCCUUUUCCUAUUCCUUUUUCUGAGCCAUGGAGUGUCGAGUUACACAGUUCCAAAUUCCAGGCAGGAUUUACAUCCGUUGUUGCAAAAAAUGGCGGAAGAAAUAAUAGACGGAAGCUAUCUGAAUGCACUGCUGGAUCUCAUACAGUUUCAAAGCUCCCACAUCUGGACGGAUGAUCUGUCCCACAGAGUCCUGGCCUAUCUGAAUUCCCGGAAUGUUGCCUUCACCAUCCCCAGCCUACAGGCAGCCGUGGAAAACCACCUGGAGCAGCGUCUGCACCAGCCCCAGAAGCUGCUGGAGGACCUGAGGAAGACAGAUGCCCAGCAGUUCCGCACUGCCAUGAAAUGCCUCUUAGAAGACAAGAAAGACCGCUUGGACCUGAAAGACAUCAUUGUCAACCUAGGAGAGAUUCGAAACCGAGCCUUGCAGAGUCCUGGCAUGAACCGCAGCCUGUUUCUCAUCACACUGGAGAGGUGUUUCCAGGUGCUGAACUCCCUGGAGUGUGUGGAGAUCCUGGGCAAGGUGCUGAGGGGGUCUUCAGGCAGCUUUCUCCAGCCGGACAUCACAGAGCGGCUCCCUCGGGACCUGUGCAAGGAUGCCUUUACGAACCUAUCUGCGGUGUUCAAAGAUCUCUACGACCAAACCUCUGCUCAUUCCCAGAGAGCUCUCUAUUCUUGGAUGGCUGGGAUAUUGCAGACAUCCUCCAAUGCCGCUGAUGACUCUGUUUCAUGGGUCAGUGCAGAAAACUUAUGGAUUUUGGGCAGAUACAUGGUUCACCUAUCAUUUGAAGAAAUUAUGAAAAUUAGUCCUAUGGAAAUUGGGCUGUUUAUCAGUUAUGACAAUGCCACCAAGCAGCUGGACACGGUCUAUGACAUCACACCUGAGCUGGCCCACGCGUUUUUGGAGAGGAUCAGCUCCUCCAACUUUAACGUGAGGAAUACCUCCACCAUCCACAGGCAAGGAUAUGGGCUCUGGGCCUUGGAGCUCUUUCACAAGAUGUUGGGGCUGCUGGUUUGUUUCUACGAUGACCUGGAAUUGCUGGAUGCCACUGUGGCCCAAGCCUUGCUUCACCAGAUGAUCAAGUGCAGCCACCUGAGGGGCUUCCAGGCUGGCGUCCAGAAGCUCAAAGCAGAACUCCUGGACAUUGCCACAGAGAACCAGACCCUCAACGAGACCCUGGGUUCUUUGUCGGAUGCGGUUGUAGGUUUGACCUAUAGCCAACUGGAAUCUCUCUCCCCCGAGGCUGUGCACAGAGCCAUCUCCACCCUCAACCAGGUCUCAGGUUGGACCAAGAGCCAGGUCACCAUCUUGUCUGCCAAAUACUUGGCCCAUGAGAAGGUACUGUCUUUCUACAAUGUCAGCCAGAUGGGUGCUCUGCUGGUCGGGGUCAGCACCCAGGACUUCUGCAGCAUGGACCGCAAGGACCUCUCGCAGGUCCUGAGAAGUGCUGUCUCCCAGUAUGUGUUCAACUUGUCACCUGCCCAGAAGCAAGGUAUCCUCAGCAAGAUGAUCGAAUCGGGAGACACUGCCUCAGGCAUUGUGGAGAUACAAGGGGCUUUCUUUAAGGAAGUGUCUCUCUUUGAUUUAAGGAGGGAACCUGGAUUCAACUCUACAGUCCUGAAGGAAAAGGAACUUGGGAGGAGCCAGGCUCUGUUCCUGUAUGAGCUUCUGUUAAAGACCACCAGAAGACCUGAGGAGCUUCUGAGUGCUGGGCAGCUGGUGAAAGGUGUGACCUGCUCACACAUUGAUGCCAUGAGCGCCGACUUCUUUCUGGCCCAUUUCCAGGAUUUUCAGAACAACUUCGCCCUGCUUUCACCAUAUCAGGUUAAUUGUUUGGCGUGGAAAUACUGGGAAGUUUCCAGGUUGUCUAUGCCACCUUUCCUCUUGGCUGCACUCCCGGCCCGCUACCUGGCUUCUGUCCCAGCCUCUCAGUGUGUGCCCUUUCUGAUCAGCCUGGGGAAGAGCUGGUUGGACUCCUUGGUUUUAGAUUCUCACAAAAAGACUUCAGUCCUCAGGAAAGUGCAGCAGUGCCUGGAUGACUCCAUUCCUGAUGAGUACACUGUGGACAUCGUGGGGAACCUGCUCUGUCACUUGCCGGCAGCCAUCAUCGACAGGGGGAUCUCCUCUAGGGCCUGGGCCACUGCUUUGCACGGCCUCAGAGACUGCCCAGACCUCAACCCCGAGCAAAAGGCUGCAGUGAGGCUCAAGCUCCUGGGACAGUAUGGACUCCCUCAGUACUGGACAGCUGAGACCACGAAGGACUUGGCAUCCUUUCUAGUGCUUUUCUCAGGAGAUGAAUUAAGCUCUAUAGCCAUAAAGUUUCCUGAGAUCCUUCUACAAGCAGCUUCCAAGAUGGCCAGGACCCUGCUCCCUAAAGAAUUCCUCUGGGCUGUCUUUGAAUCUGUUCUGAAUGGCAGUGACAAGCUCCCUAGCUCUGACCCUAUGCCUGGUUGCCAUGGAGUCGUGGCCCCGUCUUCUGAUGACAUCUUCAAGUUGGCUGAAGCCAAUGCCUGGUGGGCCCUGGAGGGCCUGCGGUGCAUGGAGGAAGACACAUUCAUCAGGACCGUGGAGCUGCUGGGAGCUGUCCAGGGUUUCAGCCGGCCUCAGCUGAUGACCCUGAAGGAGAAAGCAAUACAGGUUUGGGACAUGCCUUCUUACUGGAGAGAGCACCAUAUUGUUUCCCUGGGGCGCAUUGCUUUGGCUCUUAAUGAGAGUGAGCUGAAGCAGCUGGACCUCAGCUCCAUAGACACUGUGGUUUCCCUAAGCCAGCAAACAGAAUGGACCCCAGGACAGGCUGAAUCCAUUUUGCAAGGGUUCCUGGAUGAUUCUGGCUACCGUAUCGAGGACCUGAAGAGCUUUCAUUUAGUAGGACUUGGUGCAGCAGAAGUUGUGUUUGGGGAUCCCACUGAGUGGACCAGCUCUGUCUUGCAGGAGCUUGGGACCAUUGCAGCUGGAUUAACUAAGACAGAGCUCCGGAUGCUUGACAAGGAUUUGAUGCCAUAUUUCCAGCCAUCAGCAAUAAAAUGCCUUCCUGAUGAGAUAUUCAAAGAACUGUCCGCAGAGCAGAUCGCCUCUCUGGGCCCGGAGAACGCAGCGGCCGUGACCCAUGCCCAGCGCCGGCGGCUCAGCCAACUGCAGCUGCAGAGCCUCCAGUGGGCGCUAGAUGGCGCCAAGACUCACUCCUGGCAGGACGCGCCCGCGAACGCCGGUCCCACUAGGACCCCAUCUUCGCGUUCUCCCGCAGGUGAGCAGAGCCGCUCUCUGCCCGGUGUCCCAGCUCCACUCUCCUUCCCUGUCCGACCUAACGGGCCUGGGCCGGGAAGAUUCUUAAGGUUCAGGGCGGGGUCUCUGACAGUCACUGGGGAUUCUGCCCUCAGUGAAAAACCCAAAGUCCUAUCAAGCUUCCCUACCAAGCUUCAGAAUUAA